AGACCUCUUCACACGACUGUCUAAAGAGGUGAUGGCACGUGUGUGUCUGUGUGUGUGUGUGUGUUGGUGUGGUGUGUGUGUGUGUGUUGGUGUGGCGUGUGUGUGUCUGUGUGUGUGUGUGUGUGUUGGUGUGGCGUGUGUGUGUGUGUUGGUGUGGCAUGUGUGUCUGUGUGUUGGUGUGGCGUGUGUGUGUGUGUGUGUUGGUGUGGCGUGUGUGUGUGUGUGUUGGUGUGGCGUGUCUGUGUGUGUGUUGGUGUGGCGUGUGUGUGUGUGUGUUGGUGUGGCGUGUGUGUGUGUGUGUUGGUGUGGCGUGUGUGUGUGUGUGUUGGUGUGGCGUGUGUGUGUGUGUGUUGGUGUGGCGUGUGUGUGUGUGUGUUGGUGUGGCGUGUGUGUGUGUGUGUUGGUGUGGCGUGUGUGUGUCUCACCUUCCCCUCUCCUCUCCUGUGUAGGUGAUGUUCACAGAGGAGGAUGUGAAGUUCUACCUGGCAGAGUUGGCUCUGGCCCUGGACCACCUCCACAGCCUGGGCAUCAUCUACAGAGACCUCAAACCAGAGAAGUACAUUCACACAUGUACACACAUGCUGCAUGUACACACACAUACACACACACACACACACACACACACACACACACACACACGUGUUUAGUACCUUUGUCUAAAGAUACAUUUCUGUCUUUUCAGCAUUCUGCUAGACGAGGAGGGACACAUUAAGCUGACGGGUGAGUAAUAUCAGACCUGUGUGUUUUGUUUAUCUGUUUGACUGUGUGUGAGAGUGUAUAUAUCAUGUGUGUUUUCUCGCUGAAGACGGUAUGAGUCCUGAGAACAAGGCUCACUCGUGUGUUUAUGCGUGUGCAUGUGUGUGUGUAACGCCAGGGUUGUGGGUUCGAUUCCCACGGGAGGCCAGUAUGAAAAUGUAUGCACUCACUAACUGUAAGUCGCUCUGGAUAAGAGCGUCUGCUAAAUGACUAAAGUGUAAAGUGUGUGUAGACUUCGGCCUCAGUAAGGAGUCUAUAGACCAUGAGAACAAGGCUUACUGCUCUCUCUGUGUGUUUGUGUGUGUGUGUAGACUUCGGCCUCAGUAAGGAGUCUAUAGACCAUGAGGAUAAGGCCUAUUCGUUCUGCGGGACGGUGGAGUACAUGGCUCCGGAGGUGGUCAACAGGAGAGGCCACACCACCAGCGCUGAUUGGUGGUCCUACGGCGUGCUCAUGGUGAGAGGGGCGGGGCCACACACCUUAAAUGAUUUAUUUACCUGUUCCUUAUUUGUGUUGUGUUACAGGUUGUAGUUAGGUAGGAGUUAGGUAGUAGUUACGUUGUAGUUAGGCUGUAGUUACGUUGUAGUUAGGUAGUAGUUAGGUUGUAGUUACAUUGUAGUUACAUUGUAGUUGCGUUGUAGUUAGGUAGUAGUUACGUUGUAGUUAGGUAGUAGUUAUGUUGUAGUUAGGUAGUAGUUAGGUUGUAGUUACAUUGUAGUUGCGUUGUAGUUAGGUAGUAGUUACGUUGUAGUUAGGUAGUAGUUAGGUUGUAGUUAUUGUAGUUGCGUUGUAGUUACGUUGUAGUUACGUUGUAGUUAGGUAGUAGUUAGGUUGGUUGGUCGGAUGUGUGAAACUUUUUUUAUCUUCAUCCUCUCCCAGUUUGAGAUGCUGACCGGAACGCUCCCAUUCCACGGGAAAGACCGCAAGGACACCAUGACCAUGAUCCUCAAGUGAGUCUCUUCGACCAGGUCGACCACUUUACUUCUUUUAUUUUUAUUUUUAUUAAUUUUUUUAGGGGGUAGAUCAGCUUUAAUAUUGCAGAUAGAUUGUAACUUCCAUCAAUGUAAUUGUCUGCAUCACUUCCAAUCCCCCAUAUGUUUUUUUUUCUUUCUCGCAUAUAUAUAUAUAUAUAUAUAUAUAUAUAUAUAUAUAUAUAUAUAUAUAUAUAUAUAUAUAUAUAUAUACACACAUACACAUACAUAUACGCAUAUACAUAUAUAUAUAUACAUACAUAUCCUUUAAAAAAAUAUAUAUUUCCCUUUAUUACUUUCCAACCCCACCAUCCCUUCCCUAAUUGGAGUAAACUAGUGAACAACAAUGCUUAGGCCUCUACUUCAUGCUUAUACAUACUAUAUACAUUUUAUGGACACAGUCAAUAAUUAUAUUUUGUUUGUUUUUACUUCUGAACUUCCUCCGAUCAUUUUCAUGAUGUUCAUCUGGUAUGCUUCUAUAUGCCAUAUCUUUCUAACUGUGCUCUUUCACAAAAGCUCACAAUAUAUAACCUAUAUACUUAUUAUGGACUCAGCAUGUCUUACACUAGUUAUCUUGUUGUUAUUAGUUGUUGUUAUUAGUCCCAUCCUUCAGCUCCAUUCAACACCUCCCAUCUAUCUCUUAACACCAUCCAUAUUGGAUUUCUAUUUGCCAUAUAUUUUUCAACUGUACUGUGAUGUCUUACAAAAGUUCUGAACCUUUCUAUUCUCAUUGUUUCUACAGUUUGUGAAUCGAAAAUAAACAUCUUUGCUAAAAGUAUUAUUAUAUUAUUGAUCGAUUGACUAUGACUUUUCAGAUCACCCAGUAGUGCUAUCUGCAGGGUCAGCUCCAUGCAAAUAUUGCAAUCCUUCAGCCAUUCCUGGACCUGUGUCCAGAAACAAGCUACAAAUGGACAGUACCAAAACAAAUGAUCUAAUGAUUAUGUCUCUUCACAGCCAAAUCUGCAGAGCUGGGAAGAUUGUAUCCCCCAUACAAAUAACAUUCUAUUGGUAGCAAGAAUUUUAUAUAAUAAUUUAAAUUGAAAAAUUAUACGUUUUGAAUCCGGCGUCGUUUUGCAUAUCAGUUCAUAAACACUAUGCCAUGGAAUCGGUACAUCAAAAAUCUCUUCCCAACUAUUUUGCAAUCUAUAUGGGACGGCUGUCAAUCUUUUGGUCCUUAAAUGAAACUGGUAAACUUUUUUAUUUAUCACAAUUUUCUUUAACCAAUUAUGUUCUUUAAUGCAGGGCCGACAGACAAGUUCCUUACUUUUUCCUCCUUCCACUUUCCUCUUCCAUUUUUGCGGUAAUGCUGCAAUUAUUUGGUUGUAAUUUUGGGUAGAGCAGACAUUUCCAUAUGUUUUUGUUAGCUGCAUGUGCGACAUAACUCCACCAUUCCUACCGAUAAUAUCAUUUACGAAGAUUAUACCUUUUUUAAACAUUUUCUUAAAAAAGUACGUUUUUUUAUCAAUUAGUAUAUUUGAGUUUAACCACAAUAUUUGUUGCAAUAUUUGUUCUGUCAUUUCUGGAGGAUUAAAUUGACAUUUCAACCAACUUUCUAUGGCUUGUUUUAGAAAUAGUGAUAUUUGGGAGAUGAUUUCCUUUUCAAAUACCUGAAAGUGAGGGGUUGUAAUCUGAAUAAAGGGAAAAAGUCACUUCUUGAACAUUGGGUGAGACAAUCUUACUAGUUUGCUAGAGAACCAGUUCGGAUUUAAGUAUAAUUUUUGUAUGACUGAGGCUUUUAGUGAUAGGUCUAAUGCUUUAAUAUUUAAUAAUUUCUGUCCUCCUAAUUCAUAUUCAUUAUAUAAAUAGGCCCGUUUAAUUUUGUCUGGCUUGCUGUUCCAAAUAAAAUGGAAUAUUUUUUUCUCAUAUAACUUAAAAAACUGUUCACUAGGCAUAGGCAAGACCAUAAGCAAAUAGGUAAACUGGGAUAAUACUAAAGAGUUAAUCAGGGUGAUUUUUCCACAAAUUGACAGGUAUUUACCUUUCCAUGGUAGCAAGAUCUUAUCUAUUUUUGCAAACUUUCUAUUUUUAUUUUUUUGGAGUGAGAUCAUUUAUUUCAUUUGGGAUAUGUAUUCCGAGUAUAUCCACAUCACCAUCAGACCAUAAUAUUGGUAAACUACAUGGUAAUGUAAAAAUUGUAUUUUUUAGUGAUCCAAUACGUAAUAUAGUACAUUUAUCAUAAUUUGUUUAUCAUAAUCCAGAGAGGUUAGAAAAUGUAUCUAGAUCCUCUAUGAGGCUGUGGAGGGAUUCAAUUUGUGGAUUUAAAAGAAAACAUGAAUCAUCAGCGUACAAUGACACCUUUGUUUUUAAGCCUUGGAUUUCUAAUCCCUUGAUAUUAUUGUUGGAUCUGAUUUUAAUAGCUAACAUCUCGAUGGCAAUAAUAAAUAGAUAUGCCGAUAGUGGACAACCUUGUUUCACUCCUCUUGACAGUUUAAACCUUUCUGAGAAAUAGCCAUUAUUUACUAUUUUACACCUAGGGUUACUAUAAUUGACCUUUUUUAAUCUCACUGGAGUAAUGUGUUUACAAGACUGGGUUUGUGUUUGUGUGUUUGUUCUAUGCUGAGGCAGCCCAGGGGAAAAGAGCGGGGGAUUAAUAUUACAAGAGGUAUUUGUAGCACUCAGCAGGAGGGCAUGAUAGAUGGAAAGACUAUAAGAGUGGUAAAAGCGGGUAAAUGGACUUAGCUAAGUGGGCUGUUAGACGUUGAUGACGGAAAGGGGGAGAGAUAUAGGGAGGGUACGAGAGAGGAGGAGAGAGGGAGGGUGGAAGAGGGGAGAGAUGGAGUGGGAGAGAGAGAGAGGGAGGGUAAAGAAGGAGAGAGAUGGAAUGGGAAAGAGAGAACGAGAGGAAGGGUGCAGGAAAGGGUGAGAGAGAUGGAAUGGGUGAGAGAGAUGGAAUGGGUGAGAGAGAUUUAAACACAGAAUGAUUUAUCUCUCCCUCUCAGUGGAAAAUGUUGAGAAUGUUUCUCUCUCUAGACUGCUGAGAUCGUUUCUGUUAAACGCUGAGUUAGUUUCCUGUGUGUGUUACUGACUUCAGCAUUCAGUCAGAUUGGAUACAGGUUAAUAAUGAUGACUGUGUCACUAUCUGAUGUUCUCUGUUUUCCCUGUAUCACUGUUUUCUUCUCUUCUGCCUUCCUUCCUUCCUCUCUCUCUCUCUCUCUCUCUCUCUCUCUCUCUCUCUCUCUCGCUCUCUCUCUCUCCUCUCUCUCUCUCUCUCUCUCUCUCUCUCUCUCUCUCUCUCUCUCUCUCUCUCUCUCUCUCUCUCUCUCUCUCUCCCUCCCUCCCUCUCGCUCUCUCUCUCCUCAGGGCUAAGUUGGGGAUGCCACAGUUUUUGAGUUCCGAAGCCCAGAGUCUCCUAAGGAACCUUUUCAAACGCAACCCUACUAACAGGCUAGGUAACACAACCUGAUCUAAGGUCAGGGUUAAGUUUUCCCCCUUAAUGGUUAAGUUUAGGAUUGGGGAAGGUAAUCUGAUCCUAGAUCUGUGCUGAAGUUUAACUUCUUGUUCUGUUCUCUGUAGGGGCCGGCCCAGAUGGAGUGGAGGAGAUUAAAAGACAUCAAUUCUACUGCAACAUAGACUGGAACGUGAGUAAUGUGACGUCUCUUCUCACUGUGUUUCAGAGGCUGUAGAGUCACUAUAUACCAUAUAAUAUGUCCUCUAUUUGUGUGUAGAAACUGUUUCUUAGAGAGCUCUGCCCUCCCUUCAAACCUGCUACGGGACGACCUGACCACACCUAUUUUGACCCAGAGUUCACCACUAAAACACCCAAAGGUACACACACACACUUGUGCGUGCACACACACUCGUCUCUCCAUCCAUCCAUCCAUCUGUCAAUUACUCAUUCAUCUGUUGACAAUCAACCACUUGUAUGUGUGUGUGUUUGUGUGUGUGUGUGUGUGUGUGUGUGUAUAGAUUCCCCGGGUGUUCCGCCCAGUGCCAACGCCCACCAGCUGUUCCGAGGAUUCAGCUUUGUAGCCAUGACAUCAGAGGAAGAGACACAACCACUACAGACUGCUGUAAUGCAGGUACACACACACACACACACACACACACACACACAAGCCUCUCCCACGCUGAUGAGUAUAAAUCAAAGCGUUUUUCCUCCCCUGCAUUGCAGCCUCCACACCCUUUUCCUCCUUCUGUCCUCCCCACUCUCUCUCUGGAAUAUGGUCUUCACACACACACACAGGAUCUUGUAAUGUGUAGUUUUUAAUCUGUGUGUGUGUGUAGCAGCUACACAGAAAUGUGUCCCAGUUGUCUGAAGCGUAUGAAGUGAAGGAGGAUAUAGGAGUGGGAUCAUACUCCGUCUGCAAACGCUGCAUACACAAGAUCACUGGCAUGGAGUACGCGGUUAAGGUGAGACACACACACACACACCAGAAAGUACUGAUAUUGACCAUUGUAUUGUUAGUAUUCAGAGCCAUACAUACACACAAGUUGGUAUUGGUUUCAACCCCCAAAACUUGUGUGUGUGUUUGUGUUGUAGAUCAUCAGUAAGGCCAACAGAGACCCAACAGAGGAGGUGGAGAUACUACGGAGAUACGGACAACAUCCCAACAUCAUCACACUAAAGGACGUGAGUCACGAACACACACGCGCACACACACGCGCACACACACAAAAAUACACACACACAGUUUUGUAUUGAUAUCCUUGUGGGGACCAAAUAAUUGAUUCCCAUUCAAAAUUAUAUCCUAACCCCUAGCCCCUAACCCUAACCCCUAACCCUAACCCUAACCCCUAACCCUAUAACUAUAACUAACGUUAAUUCUAACCCUAAUUGUAACCCUAAACCUAAAAUAGCAUUUUUCCUUGUGGGGACCGGCGAAAUGUUUCCACUUGUCUGAAUUUUCUUUGUUUUACUAUCAAGGACUUCUGGUACCCACAAGGAUAGUUAAACAAACACACACACACACACACACAUACUAUUACACCAGUAUAACCCUGCUGUCUCUGCUGUAGGUGUUUGAUGACGGUAGGACAGUGUAUCUGGUCACAGAGCUGAUGAAGGGAGGAGAGCUGCUGGAUAAGAUACUGAGACAGAAGUUCUUCUCAGAGAGAGAAGCUAGCGCUGUCCUAUACACCAUCACCAAGACUGUUGAAUACCUACACAUGCAGGGGGUAAGAGUGUGUGUGUGUGUGUGUGUGUGUGUGUGUGUGUGUGUGUGUGUGUUAUUAAAGGAUUGUUCAGUAGGAGUGUAUAUCAAGUUAUAACCCUUUGAUCCUACAUUUUAUAAUUUAUUUUAUUUUAUUUACAGCAUACCAGGUAACCUAGUUGUCUUUCAAUGUGUUGAUGUGUGUGAUUGAUUAAUUGACGGAUUGGUUGAUUGAUUGCCAGGUGGUGCACAGGGACCUAAAGCCCAGUAAUAUCCUGUAUGUGGAUGAGAGUUGGAACGCUGAGUCCAUCAGGAUCUGUGACUUUGGUUUCGCCAAGCAGCUGAGAACUGAGACAGGCCUGCUGAUGACGCCAUGCUCCGCACCUAACUCUCUCUCCACUGCUUCUUUGUAGCUCCGAGGACGUACCAUGCCACAACUCCUCUCUCUUCCCUCUCCCUCUCCUCUCUCUAUCCCCUCUCUCUCUCCCCUCUCUCUCUCCUCUCUCUCUCCCUCUAUCUCUUCUCUCUCAUGUAUAACCCUCUCAUCCACUGAUCAUACAGUAUGUGGGUGUUGUGGGUGUGCUUGUCUCGGUGUUGAAGAAGCAGGGUUAUGAUGCUGCCUGUGACAUCUUUGGAGUCUAGGAGUUCCUACAUCUACACCUAUGCUCCACAGGGUAACCGUGCCAUGUGUGUUGGUGUUGGGUGGGGGGGUGUGUGUGUGUGUGUGUGCGUGCAACAGUGCGAUGUUUCCCUGGACUAACCUUCUGGUGUGGUUGUUUGUGUAUUUGCAAUUGUUUACCCUUCUCUCUCCUCCCCCCUCUCUCCCUCUCUCCUCCCCCCUCUCUCCCUCUCUCCCUCUCUCCUCCCCCCCUCUCUCCCUCUCUCCUCUUCUCUCCAGGUUCACUCCGUUUGCCAACGGUCCAGAGGACACACCAGAGGAGAUCCUGGCUCGGAUCGGCAGCGGGAAGUUCUCUCUGACCGGAGGAUACUGGAACUCUGUCUCAGCAGAGGCCAAGGUACACACACACACACACACACUCACACAGAAGCCAAGGGAAUGUUACCAACAUUCAAACACAAUAUUCAAUGGUUGAUAAUGUUGUAAUAUGUUUUUGACCUCUGAUAUUUAGGAGCUGGUGUCUAAGAUGUUACACGUGGACCCACACCAGCGUUUGACAGCCGGGCAGGUGUUGCGUCAUUCCUGGGUCACACACAGAUACAAGCUGCCCAAUUUCACACUGACCAGACAGGACGCUCCGCACCUGGUCAAGGUAACAGACACACUCUAAAUGUCCUGUUUUAAUGUCUCAGUAUAUUUUAUUGUGUGUUUGACACUAUAAAGUGUGAGUUGCCAUUUUUUGUUAACUCGUUUGUUUUGGUUUAUGCAGGGCGCCAUGGCAGCCACCUACUCUGCCCUCAACAAGAACGUUCCACCUGUCCUGGACCCCGUGGAAUGUUCCACUCUAGCCCAACGGAGGGGGGUGAAGAAACUCACCUCCACUGCCCUCUGA